GGACUUGCGAUAAUGCUUCAGCCCACCCCGCAAAGUCUGCACUAUGAAAUUCAACAGGCUCGCCGCAUCUUCCUUUGCCGUCCUAGCAGCGACAGUGACGAUGGUCAACGCCAUGGACUAUCGUCUGCUCUAUAAGAUCCCAAAGAUGCAGACAAUGGAGGGUUUCCAGACACGAUUUUCUAGCACAUGUGCUAAGGGAUCAUGGCCGCACGCCAAAAACUCCACCCAGGGUCUGACCUAUCGCGGGUUUAUCUUUGAGCCAGGAGACUAUGCCGGGAAGCACCAAGAUGAUGAGGUUAAGAUCGUUUGCUACUGGUACAACGCUACAGAGGGAACGAGUUCUCCGUCGGUCGUAUUUACUAAGCAGGUCGCGGAGUAUCUUGGAGCAAAGCUGGUUUGACGGAAUUCGACCACAUCAGGCCGUCUGGAGUAGUAGAGACUUGCUUAUGCAGUGUGCAGAUGAUGGAAUCAAACCGAUAAUCAAUUUCUUCAGUUGGGACAGUUUACACAUCAUCCUCGUACACGGACAACCUUCCGCUUUCCCUUCUGCAUACCACCAGCGAUCUGUCCUUGACCUGCAGGCGUAGCACCGGGUGUGCCCGGAGCACCCGCCGUCGCUUCGGCUUGAGCUGUCAUACCAGCUUUCACGGCGUCAAUGAGCACUCCGCUCACAAGCGCGGGCGAGUACGGCGAUAAACGCUGAGCCAGCGGCGGAUGAGGGAGCGGCGGUUCUGGUGGCGUCCGCUUCGACUUCUUGGUGUGCACUGCCUGUGGAGCCGGCGACGGUGCGCUCGUCGGCCGCGUCUGCUUGCCUUUGGCAGUGGAGGACUUGAUUGGUGUAGAUGCAGCGGCUGCGGGCACGGGUGUCGAUGCUCUGGAGGGGGAGCGGAGGUCUCGACCGGAGGAACGUAGGCGGGCUUGAUCCGCUGGAUUCGCGCUGCGAUCGAUUCAAGAAGAGCUUUCUCUGUACGCAGGAUAGUAGUGAGCGUCAAUUCAAUCCAGAGGGCAUUGCGCGCCGUACUGUUUCUGAUCGAGGGAUUCAACAAUCGUCCAUCCUUCUUCCACUGCACCCGCACACGACCCGGGUUCUCCCAAUCACGCGGAUGGGACUUGCUGACCUCGUGGAGCGUCGGGAGGCCAAGAGAGGAAGUCGCAUCGGCGAUAUCCUUGCUUAGCGGCCACCAGAUAGCGUGAUCCCUGGGUAUCCGCCGCUGACCCGUGCCAUACGCGCGUUUCGCGUCGAGGUAGAUCGGAUAGAUGCACGUCCAGCUAGAGAAGGCUGUGAGGAUACGGUAUACGCGAUGGAUGGAUGAUACGAACUUUUUGUACGGCGUCAGAUCCAUGGUCGUCUGCACACCCGCGCCAGGCGGUCGGAAUGCCGACUGCGAGUGGGUUGGCGUAGCAGGUCCUGCCCGAGGGGGAGGCGUGUUCAUGCGCGGCUCAUCGUCGAGACUGAGCUCCUGCAGUAAUGGUCCGACCGAGCCAGUAUUGGGCAGGGAGAGCGACGGCAAAGGCAGGUCGGUGUCGUCGUCAAAUUCCUCUACGAUCGCUGCACGACGGGACAUGUUGGGGCUGGGCUCUGAGCAUGGCUUUGAACAAUAAAAAGAGAGAUUGGUAGGAGCCGUUACUACACUAUCUGUUUUGUGCUUGAGAGUGGGAUGGGCGUUGGCAGUGACGGCAGAGGGUCGCUAGAGUCACAGUCACAUCCACCACCCGUUACUCGGUUUUGAUGCGCCCCUCAUGUCGUCCAUGUACUGUCGCUUAUGGGUAUUUACCCUGUUGAUGGUCACUGGCGCUGCCUUGGCCGCCGAACAUGUCCACAAUAAGAUCCCAACAGGUCUCGUCUGCGCACCCGCUGGACUAUGCGAGCCCUGUCCAGCCGACUCCCUUCAAGAACCAUUUUGUCAACCGUUCGGGAACCGACGUCUCAUGCAUUGCGUGAACAGCACAAUCCCUGAUCCCCAACGUCCAACGCACCCUCCUGGCCACGCUCGCGCUCCUCCAUUUGAGAAGCCUUGGAAUGCGCCACCUCCUGCGUCCCCACAUCCGCUGCACAGCCAUGAAGGGGAAACUCUCGCCUGGGCUGGCUGCGGACGCGUGGUCGCGCAGGAACGCGCGGACUUUCUGGAGUUCGUGGCUUGCAACAUCCUCUUUGCGGUCGUCGCCGUUUUUGGUGUUUUUGCUCGUGCGCGGAGGAUGGCAGCCCGUCAAGCGCGACAGCUUGCAGCCCGAAUCGGAUUGGGCAGGUAGUUCCGGAGGACAGGUUAUAUGCAUGCAGAGGGCGGACGCUCUACGGUAUCAGCAUAAUAUUGGACUCGCUGUCUUGUGAAUUCAAUGACUUGAAUCCACGACCCGCACGCGCC